AUGCUGUGGAAGUCAUGGAUCGCCCUCGUCGCGGCCCUGCUGCAACCAGGCAAGUCGGCCGCGAGCGCCGUCUUUCAGGAUCCUGACACGGGCCUGACAUUUACGUCCGACUUCAUCCUGUACAAGGCUGACGGAAGGGGCAUCACAUACCGGAUCGCGAUUCCCGAUAACGCACAGAACUAUGUUCCGUACGAUGCCGUCGUCCAGCUAGUUGUCCCCAAUGAUGUUGGUUGGGCUGGCCUUGCCUGGGGCGGUUCCAUGCCGAGGAAUCCGCUGCUGGUGGCCUGGAAAAACAACAACGACGUUAUCAUCUCUCCUCGCUGGGCCAACGGCCACGUUUCUCCUCAACCUUACAGCGGCUCGGAGUACACCAUCAUCAAGGGGGGCACCAAGUCCAACUCGACACACUGGCAAGUGACAGCACUAUGCAAGGGCUGCACAGCCUGGACAGUGCCCGACACGGGAGCCCAACGUUGGGUCUUGCCGGGAGGGAGCAACCGACUCGCCAUGGCUUAUUCGCCCAACAAGCCAUCGAACGCUGCCAGUCCGACCUCAUCCAUCUCGAUUCAUGAGGUGCACAGCUACUGGACACAUGAUUUUGCUCGCGCGAAGAACCCCAACUUUGAGGCAACAGUGCAGAGGCUGAUUGCCUAA